GUCUGCCCAUUCCUCACGCGCCGCGCAGCGCGUCGCGCGACGUUCCAGACGGUAGUACAAAAUCGUUCCUCGACGCUACCCGCCAUUCUUCGCAUCUAUUCGUAACAAAGCCAUGGACGUUCCUGACCGAGAAGCUCUAGAAGCUCGUAAACUGCACCUUCGGCAUACAUUGAAGGAAUGGGAGGCUGCAUUCCACACCCAGAAUGGCCGCAAAGCAGGCCGAGAUGACAUCAAGGCCGAUCCCACCAUAGCCGCACACUACAAGGAAUAUCAGAAGGUCCAGGACAUGCUGUCGGGCAAGCAACCAUCAACGACAAAGCAAACGCCCAGGAAACAAAAACGCUCGAGACCGGAGACAAGCUUACCCGAAUCACCCUCCAAACGGAGCAAGUCUGUACUCAGCACCCCUCAAAAGCAGGUAUCAACGACCCUUAAAAUACUGUCAUCUCAAGAACACCAAGACGAAGAUCAGAACACGCCCGCUGUAAGACGCACAUUUCUUGACCCAACCCCCCAGAAAGACGGCAUCGUGCUUGGUCUGUUCGAUCUCCUUCCCGUUGCUCAAACACCUAGCAACAAGAACCGUACCGUGCUCGGCGAACUGGACCGCAAUGCUUCUGCUGUCACGCCUUCGAAGCUGUUGGAUGCGUCGCUACAGGAAACUGCGUGUCAAUACGAGGAGCGCGCACGAGGAAGCAGAACGCCUGCAUCUACUGGGAAACGAUUCUUGUUAGACCAGUUCAUGACACCACAGAGAAAGGAGGGCCGGAGAGGGACCGAAGCUGGGGAGGCGAACCGCAGAGGCCUUUCUACGCCCUCGUCGACGUUCAGGCAGCAGUUCUCAACGCCGGCGUUUCUAAGGAGGGACAAUUUUCUCAUGGAUGCCAUUGACGAGGCUCCCGAGAGCCCACAGGUGGCCCAGCCAUGGAAACGGAGGUCGUUUGGAAGGUCCCUUAGCGGUAUGAUACAAGACAUGCGGAGGGAAGCGGAGAAGGCCGCGGACGAGGAGCUGGAUCUCCUUCGUGAGAUGGAAGACGAGGCGGAAGGGCGGCCACGGCCGAACAAGGUAGUCGAUGCACUGCUGCGGUCCAAGAAAGCGGUGAUGGAGGAUUGCCAGGCCGUCCCUCCUACCGUCACGGGUUUGGACAGAGACGGAUUUGUUCCUUCAGAUGUAGAGCAGUCGGGCAGUGACGACGAGCAUGGAAACGACGGGGACACGCAAUCUAGACCCUGGCGAAAGAAGGGCGUUAAGAGACAGACUAGAAGGGUUAAUAUGAGGCCGGUUGCAAAGAAGGUGCAACCACAGCAAUCGCGGCAACCGGAAAUUGAAAGGGACAGCGAUGGCGGCGAAGUUGUCGGCGAGACCAAGUUGUCUGAUGAAGAUGUGCCUUCCGACUUAGAAAGAACCUUUGAUGGCGAAAAUGACGAGUCGAAGGAUGCAAAAGACUCAAGUAAAGAACCCGAGGUGACAAAGAGGGGUGCUAGAAAAACCAGGCCAGAUGCGCACGCGAAUUACCGGGCAUUGAAGAUUAAGAACAAGAACUCGAAGGCAAAGGGGAGGGGCCGGUUUGCCAGGAGAAGGUGAUGAAACGAUCUCAGCAGACGUGGUUUUAGAGAUGGAGCCCGUAACGAAGGUGACGGAAACGCAAUUCAUGAACAUCCUCUUCAUGUUAUUUCUGAUCCUUGCGAGUCUACACUAUUUGAAGCUUGCGUAGUGCGACUUGAAGAAGCGAAAUCUUCGUUCACCGUGCUCUUGACG